AUGCCGGAAGAUAUAGAGAUGGAAUCAGCUUCGCCGCCCGACGGCGAGUUCACCGCCGGCGGCUCCGCGCCAACUGGUACUGGAUCUAGACUUCCAAGGCUUUUCAUUAAAGAGAUGGUGAUGCGGAAUUUCAAAUCGUACGCCGGCGAACAACGCGUUGGCCCUUUUCACAAUAGUUUCUCUGCGGUGGUUGGCCCCAAUGGUAGCGGCAAGAGCAACGUAAUUGAUGCUAUGCUCUUCGUGUUUGGAAAGCGAGCCAAGCAGAUGCGGCUGAAUAAAGUGUCCGAGCUCAUUCACAAUUCGACCAAUCACCAGAAUUUGGAUAGCGCGGGUGUUUCCGUACAUUUUCAGGAGAUUAUUGAUUUGGAUGAUGGGACGUAUGAAGCUAUUCCUGGGAGUGAUUUUGUUAUCAGCCGCGUUGCUUUCCGAGACAACUCAUCCAAAUAUUACAUAAAUGACCGAGCCAGUAACUUCACUGAAGUCACAAAGAAACUCAAAGGAAAAGGAGUGGACUUGGACAACAACCGUUUCCUUAUACUUCAGGGAGAGGUUGAACAGAUUUCACUAAUGAAGCCAAAGGCACAAGGGCCCCAUGAUGAAGGCUUUCUUGAAUAUCUUGAAGACAUAAUUGGAACAAAUAAAUAUGUUGAGAAGAUUGAGGAAUCAUCGAAACAGUUGGAAGCCCUCAAUGAUAAACGGUCUAGUGUGGUUCAAAUGGUGAAGUUAGCUGAAAAAGAAAGGGAUAGUUUGGAGGAUGUCAAAAACGAAGCAGAAGCUUACAUGCUAAAGGAGUUAUCACUGAUAAAAUGGCAAGAGAAAGCUACUAUCUUAGCUUCUGAAGAGAAUUCUAAUAAGGUCGAGGAUCUGCAGAAAAAUGUAACUGCACUGGAAGAAGAUUUGAACACCGAACGGGUUAAAAUUACGGAAAGCCAUGUAACAUUGAAGGAACUUGAGGCUUUGCAUGUGAAAUACAUGAAAAGACAAGAGGAGCUUGAAACGGACCUUAGGCAAUGUAGAGCCGAGUUCAAGGAAUUUGAAAGGCAGGAUGAUAAACAUCGCUUAGACCUGAAGCAUUUGAAAGAAAAGAUUAAAAAGCUAGACAAUAAACUUGAGAAGGACACGACUAAAGUUACUGAUAUUACAAAAGAUGUAGAUGAAUCAACUGAAUUGAUUCCACAGUUAGAGGCAGAGAUACCAAAGCUGCAGAAGACUUUGGUAGAAGAGGAGAAAAUUCUGGAAGAAAUUAUGGAAAACUCUAAAGUUGAAACUGAGGAGUUCCGUAACGAGCUUGCUGAAGUCCGCUCAGAACUGCAACCGUGGGAGAAUCAAUUGAUUGAACAUAAGGGAAAACUUGAAGUUGCAUGUACUGAACGCCAGCUUUUGAUUGAAAAGCAUGAGGCUGGUCGGGCUGCCUAUGAGGAUGCCCAAGAACAGAUUCAAGAACUACAAAGAAGAGUAGAGACAAAAGCUACAUCUAUUAAAGAAAUCCAGAGUGAGAUAGAGAAGAAAAAGAUUGAGGCCUUAGAGGCUCAUGAAGCUGAGAAAAGGUGCGUUGAAGAGCAGGAAAGAUUAAUAGUUCUUGAACAGGCUGCUAGGCAGAAGGUUGCAGAGCUUUUAGCUGUUAGAGAUUCUGAAAAGAGUCAGGGAUCUGUUUUAAAAGCAAUAAUGCAAGCUAAGGAAUCAAAUACAAUACCAGGAAUAUAUGGUCGGAUGGGAGAUUUGGGGGCAAUCGAUGCAAAAUAUGAUGUUGCAAUAUCAACUGCAUGUUCUGGACUUGAUUAUAUCGUAGUGGAAACAACAGCAGCAGCACAAGCUUGUGUCAAUCUACUUCGUAACCAGAACCUUGGCGUUGCAACUUUCAUGAUUUUGGAGAAACAAGUUGAUCAAUUGUCUAGAAUGAAGGAGAAAGUUAAUACACCAGAGGGAGCUGCACGUCUUUUUGAUUUGGUGAAGGUUCAAGAUGAGAGAAUGAAACUAGCAUUUUUUGCGGCAUUGGGGAACACUCUUGUCGCUAAAGCCAUUGAUCAGGGAAUGCGAAUUGCAUAUGGGGGAGGCAAAGAGAUUUGGCGCGUUGUAACUCUCGACGGUACUAUGUUUGAAAAAUCUGGUACCAUGACUGGUGGGGGAAGUAAGCCUCGUGGAGGCAAAAUGGGAACAUCCAUUCGAGCUGCCAGUGUCUCACCUGAAGCAAUUGCAGAUGCUGAACAGCAGCUUGCUAUACAAGUUGAUGGUUUAAAUAAAUUACGUCAAACAGUUGUUGAUGCUGUGAAGAAUUACCAGGCUUCAGAGAAAGCAAUAUCUCAUUUGGAGAUGGAGUUGGCCAAAAGUCAGAAGGAGGUUGAGAGUUUAAAAUCACAACAUGAUGAUCUGCAAAAGCAACUGCAGUCCCUAAAGUUGGCAUCCAAGCCCAAGAAAGAUGAGGUAGAUAGACUCAAACAAUUGGAGACCAUCAUUUCUGCUGAGGAGAAAGAACUGGAUAGGCUUACACAAGGUUCGAAAGAGCUGAAAGAGAAGGCUGCAGAGCUUCAGAGCAAAAUAGAGAAUGCAGGUGGUGCAAAACUGAAAAAUCAAAAGUCCACAGUUGAGGCAAUUCAGACUAACAUUAACAACAAGAGUACAGAGAUCAAUCGCCGCAAAGUACAAAUAGAAACUGGUCAAAAAACGAUGAUAAAACUUACAAAAGGCAUUGAAGAGUCAAAGCAGGAGAAAGAACGGCUCCUUGUUGAGAAACAGUCAUUGCUUGCUUCCUUCAAGGAGAUGGAGCAGAAGGCAUUUGUUGUCCAGGAAAAUUACAAUAAAACCCAGGAGUUAAUUGAUCAACACAAAGAUGUGCUGGAAGGAGCAAAAUCUGACUAUGAAAAGAUGAAGAAAACAAUUGACGAGUUGCGGGCAUCAGAGGUUGAUGUUGAAUAUAAGCUUCAAGAAAUGAAAAAGCUUCACAAAGACCUGGAACUAAAAGGUAAAGGAUAUAAGAAACGCCUUGACGACCUGCAAACAUCGUUCGCCAAGCACAUGGAGCAGAUUCAAUUGGAUUUGGUGGAACCUGAAAAGCUUCAAGCAGUACUGACUGAUGAAGCUCUCGUGGCAGCUUGUGAUCUUAAUCGAGCUCUUGAAACAGUGGCUCUCCUUGAAGCUCAGCUGAAAGAGAUGAGCCCGAAUCUUGAAUCAAUCUCUGAGUAUCGGAGGAAAGCAUCAUUGUACAGCGAGCGUGUUGAAGAACUCAAUGUAGUUACCCAAGAGCGAGACGAGAUUAAGAAACAACACGAUGAGUGGAGGAAGAGAAGAUUGGAUGACUUCAUGGCUGGUUUCAACACUAUAUCAUUGAAGCUCAAAGAGAUGUAUCAGAUGAUUACUCUUGGUGGAGAUGCAGAGCUUGAAUUAGUUGACUCCUUGGAUCCUUUCUCUGAAGGCGUUGUUUUCAGCGUGAGACCACCUAAAAAGAGCUGGAAGAACAUUGCAAACUUGUCAGGAGGUGAAAAGACUCUAAGCUCCUUAGCACUUGUCUUCGCACUCCACCACUACAAACCGACUCCGUUAUAUGUGAUGGAUGAAAUUGAUGCCGCCUUGGACUUUAAGAACGUCUCCAUUGUGGGGCAUUAUGUGAAAGAUCGUACAAAGGAUGCCCAGUUCAUAAUAAUCAGCCUUAGAAACAACAUGUUCGAGUUGGCUGAUCGACUUGUUGGCAUCUAUAAAACUGACAACUGCACCAAGAGUAUCACCAUCAACCCUGGAAGCUUUGUGGUGUGUGGAAAAGCUGCUUGA